CUCAGGCUCUUGCGAGUUGGUGGAGCAGUGACAGUCGUGGAUUUGAGUAGCCGAGUCGGGCCGACGUGCCAGCCUUCAGAGAGCCUAGCAGCGGAUGGCGGGGAAACAUGUGGCAGGGCGUCUCGAGGGGAGCUGGCGGGGCAGAGCAAGGCGAAGUGCAGAGCCGUUGUCCUGGACGCCGUGACUGGCAACACUUCUUUGUCUGACUGGUUUCUGUCGUCGUCAGUGUUGUGGCUGCGGCCUGAGACGCGUCUGGUGGUCGUGGGUCACCUGGACGCCUUGCACAGUGUUGUCAGCCACCGCGCUCUCCGCAACACUGGUCACGUGGUAUUCAUAGCCCCGCGUGGCGGGAAUCACGGGGAUGUCAAGGAAGGACGUGGUGACGGAGUGGCGAUGUUCCGACGCUGUCUGUUCUGCAACGAAGGCGACGUGGGCAUAGUGAAGCUGUACCCCAAGAGCCUGCGGUCUGGUGCGGCAAGGGACCAGUUGCUGUUUCCCGAAUACGCUGCGGGCUUCCAGGGCCACAGGUUCCGGGUGGUGGACAUGGAGUACUUCCCGUACUUCAGCUACAAGCGGCAGGAGAGCGGUGCCCUGCGCCUCACCGACUCCCUCAACACGCGCAUGAUCACCCACCUGGCGGAGCUCCUAAACUUUACGUAGGCAUUUCUCCUGCACAUUUUCUUUUGUUUCCUCGGUGUAGUUUUCCGGAAAAAGACAAAACAAUGACGGAGGUGACCGCAACACACUGGUCCCAUAUAAGGUAUACAGAAGAUGACAAGAUUGAUCGUUUUUUUGUUAAGGAUGUCUUGACACUCCCCUCCUGAAAGAGUUUGAGUCAGUGGCUACUUGACUUUAGCCAACACAUGCUCAGCCGAUUGAUUUAGUUGAGCCAUUCUGGACCACCAGUCUUGAUCUCUGCCCACAAAGGCACCAGGGUAUGCUUAUUCGAGAUGGUUCUUCGAAAUUACUCAGGAAAUUCCGUGAAAUUGUAGGAAAAGGUGUACCGCUUAUCUAUAUGACCACCUUCAUUGCUACUGUCGACAGGUACGAGGUGAAGGAGCCAGACGACUGCCA